CCACUGGAAAGAGGUUGCUCAUGUUUUGGUAAGAAUGUUUUAAAACUUGUUGAUCACUUAGUAUAUGUCUGUAUUCAGAAGAAGUUAUGCACCCAUCUUUAGCUACACAUUUGCAUUCAGAAUGUAAAGAAUUCAUCGAUGUAUUGAACAGCUGCCAUGACGAGCAUCCAUAUGGCAAAUUCUUUGGAAAAUGCAAUGAUGCAAAACUGAAAAUGAUGAAAUGCUUAGAAAAGGAGGACUUGAAAAGGCGCCAACAGAACAGAAUAAAAGCAAGAGAAAACGUAGAAAAAACCAUCAGAUUCAGAGAAUCGUUGAAAGAAUCAAAUGAACGUGUGUAAUGACUUUUUUCUCAUUUAUUUAUGUUUCUUUUAUCUUCUGAUGAUUUUUAUGAGUGACGUACCUUGAUAAAACUCCUUAGAAAUAUAUCAGAAUUCCUUUUAAUAUUGCAAAAGGAGGGGAUUUUCUUAUUGACUUUAUACUAAAACCUUUAAGUUAAAUUAAAGUUGUAUUAAAUAUAACUUUUAACAUAAACCUUUUUUAAACCCUUCAAAUAGUGGCAGACACCUGAGGCUGAGGGGGGUCACCCUCCUCCCCCCAAUAUUUUGGAGGACAUUGAGAUUUUGUCCUAAAACAAUGGGGAAAAGAGACAUCAUCUUAACAGAAUAAUAGGCUUGUCUCCAAUAUUUGACAAAGUGUCCGUCCCUCUUUUAAAACACCAUGAAACCUUUUUGAAUGUCGACAAAUCAAUUUUAAUGUAAUACAUCAAAAACCCAAGGAUUUAACAAAAAAGUGUGUCAUUUCUUUGUAAAACCUUUUUAGAUAUUUAUGUAUGAUAUGUGUUUUUUAUCAAAGUGUCACCUAGGAAAGCAGUUAAUAUGUACCUGAACUUUAAAUUCUAUACAUUUCUAAUGUUUUAUGAAAGAAUACCCUUAGUGUGGAGAAAGAGGCAGAUUAUUAGAUGAUUGCCCUCAAUAGCAACUGCUAUGUUAUUUGCAGGCUUUGUGUUUACAAACUGAAAGUAAUUAGAAGCCAAAAAGGUAGAAUAACAAUCAGUCUUCUAUCCUUUUUUCUUUAUAGUUUUUAUCCAUUUGGUAAGAUCAAAAAGGUCCAUAGCAAGGUGAACAAAAAGCCUUGAAGAUGCAAGCCGUUCUCUUCAUUUAUUCCUUAUCAUAUUUCUUUUGAAACAAUAGUGUUUUGUCACCUAGUUGAAA